CAGCAGGUGGUGGUUUCCUUGAAAUCUUGGACUGUUUCCAAGUUGGGUAACUGAAAGUGGCGAGCACUUGUUGCAGGAAAUGGGUUCUGUUAACUGUGUCUGUUUCUGUACAACAACAACGUAUCUUUCUUCUGUUGAAUACUGUCUUGGGACUUGAGGGUGUUCUUCAAGUGGGCAAGAAGAAGCUUUCAUCUGUUAUGGAGUUGGGAAUUCCUGCUUCUUCAUUCAUGUUGAGGAAUUUCUGAAGGGAAACAUUUAGCUCUGAAGAAUGAAGUUUAUGAAACUUGGAUCUCGUCCUGAUACUUUCUACACAACUGAAGCCGUAAGGUCUAUCUCCUCAGAAGUUUCCAGUGAUCUUAUAAUUCAAGUCAAGGGUUGCCGAUAUUUGCUUCACAAGUUUCCUCUGCUUUCCAAAUGCUCACGCUUACAGCAACUAUGCUCUGAAUCACCGGAUUCCUCCCAACACCAAAUACUUCAACUCCCGGACUUCCCUGGUGGAGUUGAGGCCUUUGAGACCUGUGCUAAGUUCUGCUAUGGCAUUACCAUCACCCUUAGUGCCUUCAACAUUGUUUCAGUAAGAUGUGCUGCUGAAUAUCUCCAGAUGACCGAGGAUGCAGAGAAGGGAAAUCUCAUAUAUAAGCUUGAAGUUUUCUUCAGUUCAUGCAUUCUCCGAGGGUGGAGGGACUCCAUUGUAACACUACAGAGCACCAAAUCCUUCUCUAUGUGGUCAGAAGAUCUUGGCAUCACAGGCAGAUGUAUUGAUGCCAUUGCUUCCAAAGUCCUGACGCAUCCCUCUAAGGUGUGUUUGUCACGGAGUUAUUCCAGAGGGGGCAGAGAUGAUAGUUCCUGCAACGGAACGGAGAGCCAGAGACACAGGCUAGCACCAAAGGGAUGGUGGGCUGAAGAUAUAGCAGAAUUGGUUAUAGACCAAUAUUGGAGAACCAUGGUGGCUAUUAAAUCCGGUGGAAGGAUACCCGCUAAUCUCAUCGGUGAGGCAUUGCUUAUUUAUGCAUCACGAUGGCUACCCACCAUGUCUAAAGAUGGGAUUGCCACCAGCAAACAAGCAACUCCGGACAACUGUUCGGAUUCGAUCAGAGAGAUAACCUCAAAGCACCGGUUGCUUUUGGAAUCAAUAGUGAGCUUACUUCCCAUGGAGAGAGGUUCUGUUUCUUGCAGCUUCUUGCUUAAGCUCUUAAAGGCUGCAAACAUACUUGGUGCUUCUUCUUCUUCUAAGAUGGAAUUAGCCAGAAGAGUGGGAAUUCAGUUGGAGGAAGCAACAGUCAAUGAUCUUUUGAUACCGUCACUCUCGUACACAAAUGAAACUCUAUAUGAUGUGGACAUGGUCAUGACCAUAUUGGAGCAAUUCAUGUUGCAGGGUCAGAGUCCCCCUACUAGCCCUCCAAGAUCCAAGCUCGGGUUUGAAAGGAGGAGGUCUCGAUCUGCAGAGAAUGUUGAUUUUGAGUUUCAGGAGAGCAGGAGGUCUUCCUCGGCAUCACAUAGUUCAAAAUUGAAGGUAGCGAAACUCGUGGAUGGUUAUCUUCAAGAGAUUGCUCGAGAUGUCCAUUUGCCUUUGUCAAAGGUGAUUGCAUUUGCUGAGGCGAUUCCGGAUUUCGCCAGGCCUGAUCAUGAUGAUCUCUACAGAGCAAUCGAUAUUUACCUAAAGGCACAUCCAAAACUCAACAAGAGCGAACGUAAACGGUUGUGCCGCAUCCUAGACUGCAAGAAGCUUUCAAUGGAAGCAUGCAUGCACGCAGCACAGAAUGAGUUACUCCCACUGAGGGUGGUAGUACAAGUACUUUUCUUUGAGCAAGCGCGCGCUACCAUGGCAGGUGGCCAAGUGACUGAGCUCCCUAAUAACAUCAAGGCGCUUCUAGCGACACAAGAACAUGACCCAUCAAAGCAUCCCCCACCCCUAGAAUCUAACACCACUGGUCUGGUAGACGACGAGUGGAGCGUCUCAGGCCUCAAAUCUCCUAAGUCAAAGCUGUCAACUCUACGGAUGAAGCUAGCUGAAGAUGACAAUGACGUGGGUGAGAAUGAUGUGCAGCAAGAUGGAAUUGGGAGGACUUCAAAACUUAAGGCCUUCUGCUCUCUUCCUACUAGACCCAAGAGAAUCUUCAGUAAGUUGUUGUCGAUCAACAGAAGUGUGAAUGAAAGGCAUUGAUUUAUUAUGCAUGUAACUUUAGGCAACGAAAUGUUAUUGAGUAGGCCAAUACAUAGUUUAUUUGUUUCUUUUCUCUUCUUUGGCUUGCAACUUCUUUGGUAAACGAUAGGAAAUCAGAUCUCAUUUUGCAUUGCCCGUGUACUUUAUCCUAAUAAACAACUGAAUCUUCAGGAAACAAGAGGAAAACCACCUGGGGGUUUCCAAUUGUGCAAAAUGCCUGGGAACCCAAGUUUGUAAAUGACCAAAGUGGGCUUCAAUUGUUAUUUUUGUAUUUUUAUAAACAAUUGUUCCCUUUCUC